CCAACAAGCAAACUCAGAAAGUGCUGAGGAGGGCGAGGGAGGGCAGCUUUGCUGAGCGGCUAUCCGGCCUGGGCUCUCCUGGCGAGUCUCCUUUCUCUGGGCACUGCAGCUGGGGUCUGCGUCUGCACAUGGCGUUGGCGUUUCAGCUUGGGCGGCCGGUCAGGGCCCAGUCCCUGCCAGGACUCUGCCGAGACAACCUCAUUCGAGCAAACUCUUGUGACGUGUGCAACAGCACCGAUCUUCCGGAAGUCGAGAUCAUCAGCCUGCUGGAGGAGCAGCUGCCCCACUAUAAGCUAAGAGCUGACACCAUCUACGGCUAUGACCACGACGACUGGCUCCACACACCCCUCAUUUCUCCAGAUGCCAACAUCGACCUCACCACCGAGCAAAUCGAAGAGACGCUGAAGUAUUUCCUGAUGGCCACUUCUCACGUGAAACGUAGCUUGGGAAGCUCAGUUCCCAGAUGAAGUUUCCAUAUUCUCUGAUUUUCUACUCCCAUCCUGUAUUCCACGGCCCUUGCUUCCCAGACCCCAGGUAGCUAUGACUGUGUGG